AUGUUUGAAGACAUCGUACGCCACAGCAAGUACAGACAAGCUGGGCUCAAGCGGUCUCGAUAUGAACGUCUUGUUGAUCUUCAGGUCCGGAAAAACCUCGUUGAAGAGGUGGAGAGGCUCCGUGGGUCUGUUUUGGACCCUGCCUCCAGAAAAGAGCUUCUACGGCGUGCAUCAGAUAUCAUCAAAAGCCGGUCGCUACCAGAGGAGACUUACGAGUUUUGGCAUUCUGGGAAGCUGGGCGAGACGCCCUUGAUCGAGGAACUUUUGGCUGAGGCUGCAGAAUUGGAGAAACACGCUAGUGCUGAUAUCAACAAUGAAACAAACAACACAAACGACGUCGAGAGCGACAAUAGCGACGAUGAGAGCGAUAGCCUGGACUCGGACUCUGAAAGCGAAGAAAUUGAAGAUCUUGAAGAGGAUGUGGAAGAGCAGGUCAUGGACGACGAGGUUCAUCCAGAUACCCUCUAUGCUGUUAGGAAGCUCAAGAAAUGGGAAAGCGGGUUGGAUACAGCCCGCUCCGGGAAUGGAAUUCCCGGGCUUCACGAUGAAAGACAGUCUGUGGUGAAAAGCCAUAUAACUAAUCUCCUGAACCUUCUACAUGUCAACAUCCUUCGACAGCACUGGGACCUCGCGUACAGGGCCUUUUCGCUCCUUCUCCGCUUUGACUACGUUGAUCUUCGUGCUAUUUGGCCCUUGGGUGUCGAAAUCUUGACCAGACGUAAGGAAGAAAUGGUCAGACAAAACACCGGCUCCAGACUCGAGCUCUUGAAGUGCAGGCGCUUCUUGGAAUGGUUGGAGCUCGUGUAUCCUGUUUUGCCUAGUGUUCUUUUGACCACUCAGUCUCGUGUGGGGCCUGUUUUUCGUGCUGGUUCCAGAAGACAUGCUCCAGCUUAUGUGGCAGCAGGACUCUGGCAGCUCUUGGUGGAGAAACAGUAUGUGAAACUCCGAGAGUCUCUAGAUGAAUUGCUUCUCGUUCCACCGUAUUCUAUUGAUGGCGGCUUCUUCUACAUCCAAGCCUUGUGUUGUCUUUGUGAGAACAUUCAUUUGGCUGACAUAUACGUGCAUUUUGACACCAGAGGUUUCCCUGUUGACGCCGAUAUCGGUGACUUAGCAGAAGACAUGAUGCUCCUCGGUUCCAAAGAAACCAUCCAGGCCCGUGUAUUGAGUAAUAUCUCAAAAAUAGAGGAGCUGAUAACCUCUUGCGAGUCGCUCGGCUUUGAGUAUGCCAAAUGGGACUUCGACGCCCAAAUGAAAAGAGUCAAGGGCUACAUGGAGGGCGCCAUUCUGACCUUGAUUCCCGAGAAGGCGGUUUCUCCAGAGGCUCCAGAAAGCCUUGGAUUUUCCUUUCUACAUGGCAAGAUCGAACGAGCACCAACGGGUCCUCAUACCAUUGCUCAGGAACAUUUAUCAAGAUUCACAACGUCCAAUUCUAGAAAGUCAUGGGUGUGGAAUUGGUUCACGAAAAACGAUGAAGCAACCGCUCGUUGUUUGAAGUGCCUGGAGGAAGUCCAAAAAAGCUCUGGUGGCUCCACGAAACAAUUUAUGAAACAUUUGCGGAAACACGGAAUCAAUGAUCGUACCAUGUACAAUGAGUUUAUACAAUUGAGGAGCGAGGAGCCCGUGAAGAAGAAGCCAAGGAAGAGACAAGUUGCCAAAGCGGGUUCAAAGCCCACGAAGCGUUCCAACAAAGAGGUUGAGCAAACCAGAGCCACUCAAGGAAUACCCUCACCUCCAGCUACAGCAGGCGACUUGGUCACCAAAGAGCCUCCAGAAAAAAGAAGAAAAGUUCCCUUGGCAGUUCGUCCAAGUGCUCCUUCUCGCACGCCACAAGCAUCAGAUUCUGCUCGUCAAACAGCUGAGCCAGAUACGUUUUCAAAUCCUCCAGAUUCGCCACCAAGAUCCGAAUUGCGUCAUUCGCCAGCGCCUUCGAUCAAAGAUGAACAAUCCCCUAUUGCAUCCCCGGCACCAGUUGCUGAUCCUCAUCAAGACGAAAAUCAAAAUGAUAUUGCAUCUCCCACUCCGCUGGAUAGUAACCAGCAGGACAGAGACACAUCUGAGAGACAAAUGCCAAAUGAGUCUUUGGAAAAAGACGCUUCGGUGGCUAGUGAUAGAGCAUCUACAGUAUCACGUCCCGAUGAGUCAGAGCAUGUGGAAGAACCAGCCCAAGCAAAUGACUCCAUGCUGCAAAGUCAUUCAGAUAAGUCUGGUCUUGAUAGACCACUCAGUGAUUCUAUUCCGCAAGGUCCACCAGAAACACCAAGACUUCCAGAUAACCCUGACUUAGCGAUAGCUGUCAAAGAAGAAAUCCUCGAUGAGCUCAAUUGUGAGCUUCUUGCAGGUGUCGAAGCAGCUCAAACUCCUGUUGGACCUCAGCUUUCAUCGCCAGCCCCGCAAACACCACCUCCAGGUCCGUUUUCACCAGAACCAGACUCGCCAGAGUCUCAAAAUUUCAUGAGCGCAAAAAGAAAGCCGGUUCGUCGCCAGUCCAAUUUCUCGCCUGAGAGUACCUUCACUGAGUCUCAAGGCGAUGCUGAUAUGAGUAUUCGUUUUAGAGAGUUCGCUGUGCAGACCAAAGACCCAUUUCGUGUUGAUCGAAGCAUUCUUGAGGAUACUGAGGAGGAACAGACAAUCCAGCUGCCUACUCAGCACUUUGAUGAUAUCCCAGACACAUUGAGGUUUGGAGAAGAAUCGCCUGAAACGAACAAGGACACCUCUGAGAGAGCUGGCAUCAAAAGCGAGGAUGAAGACUCCCCAAAUGAGCAGCACAGUCUCGAAUCCCAAUCAUCAGCUUCUGAAUACGGAGACGCUCAAUCCAGGUUUAACAGUGCAAGGAGAGCUCCCGAAUCACCGAACGACUCAUCUGAAGAAACUCAAUUUUUCAGUUUCCAGGACACAGCAUAG